UGCGGGUGCAGUAAGCGACACGCCGGGUGCUGUGCUCCUCGGCUCAGCCUUCCCCUUGCUUGUCGUGUGCCAGCCUUUCUGGAGAAAGCACCAUGCUGCGCCGCAAACCGUCCAACGCCAGCGACAAGGAGCAGGCGCAGAAGAAGAAGCUCUCCCUGCAGCGCUCCAGCAGCUUUAAGGAUUUCGCCAAGUCCAAGCCCAGCUCCCCCGUGGUGAGCGAGAAGGAGUUUAACCUGGAGGAGAACAUUCCUGAGGAUGACCCAGCCAAUGCACCUCCUGAUGACACUGGGAAGAGCAGUGGCAUGAAGCUGGGCAAGAAGUGGAGAGCCGUCAUCUCCCGCACCAUGAACAGGAAGAUGGGCAAGAUGGCGGUGAAGGCGCUGGCCGAGGGGAAGGGAGAAGUGGGGGAGGAGGGGUCCAUGUCCCCCAUGUUUCUGGACAGCAGCCUGGAGGAGCCAAGCCUCGAGAAGAUGCCCUUGUCGUACGUGGAGCUGGAAGAGGACGUGCACACGCCGCUCAGCCGCCAGACAUCCAGUGGAAGUGAAUUGGGCUGCACCAGCCCCUGCACCACAGGCAGCAACCGCGACAGCAUGAGGCUGGAGGAGCCCAGCCUGCCCUACAGUGGCCCUUUCUGCGGGAGAGCCCGGGUCCAUACCGACUUCACACCCAGCCCCUACGACAGGGACUCGUUGAAGCUGCGGAAAGGGGACAUCAUCGGGAUCAUAGAGAAGCCCCCCGUGGGUACCUGGACGGGGGUGCUAAACAACAGAGUGGGCUCCUUCAAGUUCAUCUACGUGGACAUCAUCCCCGAAGAGCCAAUGCCAGCUCGCAAAAGCCGGGGGCAGAGCAAGAGCAAGCGGCCCAAGCCCAAGACCUUACACGAGCUGCUGGAGCGCAUAAACCUGGAGGAGCACAUCUCCACCUUGCUACUGAAUGGCUACCAGACCCUGGAUGACUUCAAGGAGCUGCGGGAGACCCACCUGAAUGAGCUAAACAUCAUGGACCCCCAGCAUCGUGCCAAGUUGCUCACAGCUGCUGACCUGCUGCUGGACUAUGACGCGGCCAGUGAGGCUGAGGAAGGAGAGAGCUCAGAGCCGCAACCUUCCACCUCAGACCCCAAAGGGGACAUUCCCCGCGACUCGGGCUGCUUCGAAGGAUCUGAGACACUGGAGAGUGGCCGGGAUGAGAUGGAGCUGAACAGCACAGAGGAGCAACUUCAGACCCUCUCUCUAGAAUAGUCCUCCUGAGCCUGCCCCAGCACUGUCCUCCCAGCACUACACCACAUCAGGGACUGAGCCUGCAGAGCAGGGAGGACAGGACAUGACACCCCAGGGGCACACUCUACCCUGACCAACAUCUGGGGAGAUUCCUGGACCACAGAUGACCACCCCCAUGCUGGGAACACUCAUGUGAGCCCUGCAGGGGAAGACACUGGGGCUGUUUUAUGGUUCCAUGGGGCAGCUGCCUAGGUCCCCACCCCAGGAUACAUCUCCCCUUUGGGAGCUGCACGGGACCCCUCUCUGCGCUCCUAUCAAAGACAAAGGACCUGCUUCUGCAAAUAGCUCAGCCUUCAGCCUCCAGCAUCUCCGUUAGAAACUCCAGCCUCAGAGCCUGUGCAUUAGCCAUGAACAGGUGUUUUCCUGCCCCUCUGCCUGGCACCCACUGUGGUCUGCUCACACCCUCUGCCUGGCCUUACCAAAUGGCCGAGGCCUCAGUCAGCAGGACACCCUUCGAAUGGGAAGGAUCCAGGAAGCUCCUGGGCAAUGCAAACCCACACAGUUUAUCCAAGAGGGUGUCUGAGGCUAUGCAAUGGGAGAUGCCCACUUGCAGCUGAAGCUCCCUGGCAUCAAAGGCUCUUUGCAAGGGAGGCUACAGGUAACCUAGGAGCUGGUGCUAACAGGGUGAGGGAGCCGGGAACUGAACAAGAAGUGAGACCAUUGUGUUUCUAAUGCAACUCUCAGGGUGGUGGAGGGGGACAGACAGCAGAGCAGGGCGAUGGGUGCCACACAGGAUCCUCGCCAUCAAGACUCAGCAAGCGCUGGGAGCCGAAGUCUGUAGCCUCCCAAGCUGGCAUUCCUCAGAAAGGGGCGAGUCCCUUGCAAGGCAGAGCCUAGCCAUGUGGCGACCAGCUUGGCCAGAAAGCAGAGGGUUUGGCUCCAGGGGCUUUGCCAUUCCUCGUCACAGGACAUUGAGUUAUUAGAAAUAUGGCCAGGCUGCAGCAGCUCCCCCAGCCAAAGGCGCGGGCCAGCUCACUACAGCAACAGACCAGGCCAUCACUCCAGCCUGCCACACAUGCCCACUGAGGCCAACCUGGCUCAGGCCAGCAGACUUGUUUGGGAAGCUGGUAGGAAAGACAGCACCUUGUGUUGGAAAGGCCCUGCAUUGUGCUCGCAACAUUCCCCAGUGUGUGGCCAUUCUGCCUUCGUGUGGGCAGAGUCCUCGCUUUGCAGCGGGCGCUGUGCAUCGGAACAGCUGCCUUGGGAAGGCACACACUGCGUGUGCACCGAGGAAGCCGAUACUGACUUGGUUUGUUUGAAGUGAUCCUUGGUGCUCAGUCCCCGGGCCCACAACUGCUCAAGAGCCCCCUGUGCAACAGAGAAUGGGGGCACCCCCAAUGUGAAUUCAUGUGUUCCCUACAGAGCUCACACCCCUGUUCAGGGCUGUCCCUGACAGACUAACACUGCAGCGUUGGGGCACGUCGAUUACGGAUGCAGCUGAUGGAUGCAAGAGGGUGCUGCAUUAAGAGCAGCAAGAGCCCACCUAGCUUUAGACAGCAAGCAGGUUGGGUUCUAUUGGGGCUUGUCCCAGGGCAAAAGGGCUGGACCAGCUUUGGCACAAUGUGGCUGCACCAAGAGUUCUUCGGUUAGCUUAUGUUAAAAGGGCAGGAAAUAGUCUUGCACUGGAGCUGCACCCAUAUGCUGUUACCCACAGAAUAUGCUGAGUGACUGGGUAAUGGGCCAAUUCCAGUCCUGGAGUAAAAGGCUACAACACCCACUAAUGCUGAUGGGAGAUACAUCUGCUUACAGCAGAGUCACCUUUGGCACCAUGUCUGUGGCAAGCUUAGCCCUGAAUUCCAGGACUCCUGUGCCCAUAAAAUCUCUGCCUUUCUGUUGCAGUAAUGUAGGUUUGGGUGUUGAAUUCACUCCCUUGUGCUUGACCCCAAUAAAACAUGCUCUAACCUGCAA